AUGAUUUAUGCUCCUAUUUACGAGAGUCCCGCCAGCUUCUAUAAUCUACAGCAGGCUGGUCAAGCUAGCCGAUUCCGAGGCCAGUUUCACGGCUUUCCAGUGCAGAAUCCACCCGACUAUGGGUUUCAAUACCAGCAGUUCCAGCAACCGCCGCAGUACGUGAAUCAGUUUCAAUGGAACCAUCAAUGCCCUCAGCAACAAUACGUCAACCAUGCUUCUACAUACAACCAGAGUUACAACCAGGUUUACGUCGAUCCUUCGUUUGGCCAUCCGCCGUCUCAUAUCGUCUGUGGCCAACAGCAUCUUCCCCAGGAAUAUUAUUACCCUGAGGUCGAUGCUGUCCAAUCGGAGGUUAAUCACGAAAUCUCUAUUUCCAGCGUGGAACAUGCUGAGGAGCAUUCUUUCAUUCGUUCCGGCGAAAGUAAGGAGGAAGUGCGAACGAUAUUUGUCACUGGUUUGCCACGAAACGUGCACCACCGUGAGCUCUUUUUGCUCUUCACUGGUGGUGGCUCUCGUGCUGAGUAUGAAGGAUGCGUGCUGAAGCCUCCUCCACCCACUGGUGGCCAGACAGUGUGCUUUGCGACGUUCACGAGUCAUUUCGCCGCUCGACGGGCCAAAGAGUCGUUGGAUGGCUUUCGGUUGACGCUCCAUAACCAGCUCAAGGUCGAGAUGGCGAAAAGCACAACCCGAAUCCCUCUGCGUCGCUGCGCUGCGAUUUUUCAAAAUAUUCAGCCCUCUUCGCAGAGCUACUUGCCGCUGAGCGUGACUCCCAAUUCCCUCGCUCUCAGCAGCUCACCUUGUUCUGCUCCACCCCUCUCUCCUGCCUUGUCCCCGCCUAUAACUGGGUAUGAAGGGCACUUUCCUGCUUUUGCAAGUGCUCCUAUGCCAACACCUUACAUUUCAGCUGCUCCUCCUCAGCCAUACGGCAAUGGAAACUGGGUGGCGAUGGAUAGCUCGAACUACGGACCCGUCCGCUACAUCACAAAUGACAUUGGUGGCCAACCAUUCAUUAACGGCGUGGAGUUCGUAAACAGAGAUGGAGGCGGAGACAUCUAUUAUGAAUAUGACCAUCGUCUGUAA